AUGCGUCCAACACUGGUGAGGCUGGCCACUGCCGCUGCUGAACAAGCUGGCAACAGCCUACGACCGCGGCCCAUGGCUCUGCUCCCGCCCAUCUUCUUAUAUCGUCGUAUUCUGAGGGCUCACAGAAAGCAUCUGCCGGCGGAAAUGCGCGUGCUGGGCGACGAGUACGUCAAAGCCGAGUUCAGAGCUCACCGGAAAAUUGGCUUUCUUUCUGAGUGGCAGCUCUAUGCCCAGAAGAUCGAGGGUGAUUCGUGGAAGGGCCAAAAGAUUGAUGAGACCAAGCUUGCCAAGAUGAGCGACGAACAAAUCCAGCAAUUAUAUGAGCUCUUGCAAGCCAUUCAGAAACACAAGGGGGGUCCUGGCGAUGAGGAGCCAGAGUCAUAA